CGUCGACUUUGUUCGUGUGUGUUUGUCGUAUGUGUUAAUAGACAGAAACGCCAAGGGUUGCUGAUAAUGCGGUAGGAGCAACAUGUAAUCGGGAAGGCACGGUAUCCAGAGGUGCUAUCGUCUCAGACAGGUGCCGUCCCGUUCGUACACGCCCCACGGACAGGCCGCUCGGGCCGGACAUGUGGCUCGAUAAUUGCUUGCUCAGCUGAGAUCUGAUACCUUGCGCAAGACUAGUGCAGCCGAGUCCCGUUUUUAUCGAAACAGAAAUGGAACAAAGAGAAGAGCAGACUCUUUUGGAGCCGGACAGGACCCAGGUUCCUCCUGAGACGGCUCCUGCUCUUAAUACGGCCGUUAACGAGGAGGGUUCCUCUUCCUGUGACGCAACCGUUGGCACUGAGGAGGAGGAUGAGAGAACAGAACCCCUGGAUAGGUGCAGCGAUGGCAGUGACUCAGGUCUCGGACCCGAUGAAGAAGGACGAGCUUCAAAUGACUCAACGUCCAACGCAAGUGAUUACUGCGCAGCGCCACAUGAACCACUUCCUGCAAGUGCAGCUCCAAACAGAAGUUCCUUGAAGAGGCGCAGGGAAGAGACCGAUGUGGAAGGCUGUACUUCACCAAAAGCCAAAAAGAAGAGAUCCAUCUCGUUUCAUUCAGUCACUGUCUUCUACUUCCCCCGGUCGCAAGGCUUCACUUGUGUUCCCUCUCAGGGCGGCUCCACUUUAGGCAUGGCGACAACGCACAGCCAUGUGCAGAACUUUUCGUUGUUGGAGCAUGCGACUGAACAGCGGCGCCACCAGCGUCAAAUGAUGCUCCAGCUGCGCAACCAGAGACUGCAGAAGGAUAAAGAUGACAACUCGGAGUCAGUGGCGCCUGUCACCUCAAGCUCCAGCGAAGAUUCGGAGAGUGAGGAGGAGGCGAGUGAAAUGUCAGACAGCGAGCUUGACCAAGAUCCGAGCUACUAUACCUUGCAGCCUGUAUCAACAAGGCAGAGGCGGAAUUUGUUGAGAGCUGCGGGCGUCCACAAAAUAGACUCCCAAGAAAAGGACUUGUGCAAGAUUAUUCGCAAAUCAAGAGAGAUUUGCGGGUGCAACUGUGAUGGCUACUGCGACCCUGAUACCUGUACCUGCUCUAGAUCUGGAAUCAAAUGUCAGGUGGACCGACCGAACUUCCCUUGUAGUUGUACCAGAGAUGGCUGUGCCAAUAGCGCUGGUCGCAUUGAAUUCAACCUGGAGCGUGUGCGGACUCACUUUAUCCAGACGCUAAUGAGGCUGGAGAUGGAGAAGAAGGAGGCAGCAGAGCAGGAGCGGCGCAAGCAGGUUUCCCUCUGGGGCCAGAACUCUGGCGGCGAAUUGCCGUCCGCCUCGGGGCUGCUGGCCAAACAUUCAGUGGCUGGCGAAAAGCCAGGCCUGCACCACGUCAGCCUGCAGCCUAAUAUUGAGUCGUGCGUGCAUUCGGGCAACUACAGCACUACUAUGUACGGGGACCAAAGCGGCCGUGCAGACGCCCUGCCCGACCUUUAUUCUUUUCGCGACCAAGAAGAGGAAAACUUCACCGCGCCGGAGGGUCUCAGCGGCCAGCAGAAGAAUCAUGUAGCCGAAUACUUUGGAUCAUCGUCGUCGUCCUUCAGCUUUGAUUAUGACAGCUACAACUUCAACCACCAGCCAGAGUAUCAUCAUCAGCAUCACCAUCAACACCUUAAUCACCAGCAGCAAGGCCAGUUUGGCUUUGACCAAUAUCAACAACACUAUCAACAGCAUAAUGCAUUCAAGGAGCUGGAGUAUCCUAGUCACUAUUCGUCAGACGUGCAGCUUGUGUAUACAAACGAGGAAGUAGUUGAUUCAAAAGAGGCCAAGUACACAAGCCUGCACAACGCACUGCUGGCCCCCAAACUAGAGCCGUUCUCGGAGUUGGUGUCCGUACCAUACAGCCAGGAGUUCUCAGCCGGCCAGGAGCUGUUCCACAACCAUCAUCAGCAGCAGCAGGUGGCCAGCUAUGAAGCGGCUGAGGGCCUAAGCGCGCCGCAGCCUGCCAGGGCAGAGGAAGUGCUGGACGACAACUUUGGUGAAAUCAUUAAGAAGUCUAUGGUGGAGACCGUGUCGGCCUGAGAUGUCUGCAAUCACACUGCCUGCAAUGGGAGCUUACAUACUAACCACCGCCAAAAUGUGUGACUGACUCGACGGGAAAAACUAGUGCAAUCAAACUGCACUUUUGUCAUUUCAAUAUGAAUGCAAAUAAGUUGAUUUAUUAGAAUUGGCCACCGAAUGGCUUUGAAUCAAAAUUUUUAUGUUUAACUAAAAUUUUUUUGACAUGACACGUAAACCAAAUUACAUGUUAUAACAGCAAACAUUUUUUUAAAAGAAAAUUUUAAAUAUAUUUCGUAAAUUUUAAAGUUUGGAAGAGGUGCAUCCUGGUUGAACCUGAGAGUGUGUUGCGUUUAGAUUUAGCUGUUUAACAUAGCAAUCAGAAUCGGUCUCUUGUAGUAUUGCGCUCGCGACUAAAGGAAAAACCAAGGGGCGUUGAUCUCUUUCUGCUUUCCUUGCUUAGCGCGCGAAGGAUCUAAUGAUAGAUUUCCCACUAAAGUUUCAUGCUCGCUUCAAGAGUAAGGAAUUAAAAACUAUUAACUUGUAACAUAAGAGCAAAUCUGACGCCUCAAGCCGAAUAGUUCCCAAGACUUUUAAUUUUAAUAUUUGUCACCAACGCAAUGAUUUAAGCCUGUGAAGAGCGAGAAAUGAGCCGAGUGAAAGUAAGAGUCUAUUAAGAUUAGGUCAGAUUAGCGUUGGAAUGAUUUGAAGUAGACUAAAGUACUUCCACAGAGAAGUGCAUAGAAUUUGAUGACUCGCUUUCAGGCAGGGUUUGCCUUUACUCUCUUCAUCCAUGUCACCUUGUAUGAGUUCAAUUAUAAAAUCUCUGCCUUGAUUGAUCACAUAAACACAUUCUAAAAUUGUUUUGCAGUCUUGAACUCAGUUUCCACUAAGCUUUCUUGAAACCCUGCCUUGAAAUGUAUUGUUUUCGUCUGUCUAUUUCUCUCGCUGUAAUCACUAUUGAACCAAUCAAAAUGAUGACAUACACACCUAAUAAGAGCUCAAAUGAAUGCAGAGUAACUAAUCUAACUAAUUAGUGCUUGUUGCCGUCUCGUUUUUCGCCCUCUGAGUGGAGACCUAUCUAAGUUCAGCCGUGCAAUAGUUUUUUUAGGGAAAGUAAUCGUUGGCAUAAAAAUUUAAGGCAUGGUCAAUAUAUUUGUUGUAGCAGAAAAACGACGGUCAUGGUAAAAGCCACCUUCAGCUGAUCAAUGUAGCGGAUUCAGCAAUCUUGCUCAUCAGUUUAUCAAUUUUCCAUUUCUUCUUUGUAGCUGUUAAUUUCAAAUUGCUGGUAAUUCACUUAUAAGACGGAGAAUUUCGGAUCAAUUAAAGAAUGAAGUCAGUUAUAUAUUUUGGCCAUGUCUACGGUUGAGAUUGCGCUCAUCUCUCCCCAUAUGAUUACAUAACACGCGCGGCUCCGCUGUUGAUUGUUGAAGAAGGUGCUUUGUAAUUGUUGCAUUUUUGUUGACCAAUCACUGCCAAACCUUGAUUUCGGUAGCCAAUUGUAUCGUAUCAAGUGUGUUGCGAAUGUGAUUAGAACU